AUGGGAAUUCUACCUCUCGAGCACAACGAUCCCUCCAUCCGACAGCUGUGUGUGGCGCCAGGCAUCACGGCCCACAUUGACAAUGUCGAAGAAUAUAUCGUUGCCUUCAGUGUCCUAGCCUUGUGCACCAAAUUCGAGGCCAUCUGCGAGAAGCUGGCAAUGCCAUCUGCAGCAGACGACAGGCUCGAUGUGGAGGCCCAACUCUCCCUGAAAUUCCUCAACAUUGCGCCUGUCCUCAGCGCUCUCGCCCUGGUCGACAUGGGCCGACUCCACAGCCACACGGCAAUCAAUGUGAUCAAAGUCUCCCGCAUCAAAGCUCAGUUCAAGCACGCCGACACCGUGACCCACGAGAUCCUUCCCACCGCCACUCUAGUGACGUGGACCAUCUAG